AUGGACUCAAUCAGGGACAUUCGAUACGGGGGCGAUGCCAACUCCUCAAGGUCUGGGACAAGAGAGCCGGCAGAUGGCCAUGUCUUCAAUAGCGAACCGACAACUCUGGACGAGGAAUCCACUAUCAAGGCUUUGACUGAGAAUGUCCGUGACCAAGAUGAUAUUGAACGGGAUAUUUCCCGGAAGGCAGAACUGGCUUUAAUUGAGUCAGAAGACAGAAGAGACGAGAAACGUAUCGAAAAGCUAGAGGCCACUAGGACGAAGCUCGAGGAACAAAAAGGGAUAUGCCGGCAACGGCUUGCCGGCACAGCUUUGGAAAAUGUGGCACUGAAGUCACGCCUCGAGAGGGAAAUUAGCCAAAUCAUUAAAGAGGUGGAAUCCACCGACAAAGAUCUCGCCGAUUUUCGCAGGCGAAUUAGCCAAAGACACUUGAACCAAGAAGAUAUCUCUCAUUCCGAAGUUACCAAUUGUGGAAAGGGUAAAAAUGCGGGAAGUCAAAGGCUUCCUAACGAAACACAAAGAGAGUACUUGAUACGUACAGGGAAAAUUACGCCAUUUUCCAAGAUCGGUGGCACGCGUUCCGAAGGUGUUGAAGGUGAUCUUGCCGACGUCAUCCAAGACGCAGAAGAUGAGGCUGCUGCCGAGGGAUUGGUGGGACAGGCUUAUAUUGAUGAGCCUACAUCACAUCAGAACCUUCGCCUGCCUGGAUUCUCCGAGGGAGGUCGCACUACUCCCGACGCGCAGAUCUCAGGAGCUGAGGCCGAGUUUUCUCUUAGGCCGCGGAAGAAGCGAAAGACUCGACCGGAAGCAGAGAUAGAUGACGCAAAGAAAGAUGAAGAAGAGUGGUUGCCGACAGUGAACACUGGGUCAAGCCCUCCAUCUGCAUCUGAUGAUGACGAUUUUGCUACCGAGUCUGAUUUGACGAGCCAGACGCGUCCCAUUUCCCGAAAGAAGAAAGCCAGGACGUCAAAGGUUGGGGAAGGCUUUGACGAAACGUCUGAUAUCAACGGGGUUGACGACGGAAAUGAAGCCAUGUACAAACGACGUCUAGAGGACUGGGUCGGACGUAGAGAAGCCGCGCGCAAACGGCGCAAGGACACAGAGGACCUAUCUGUCGAGAGCGAAGAUGAGGAAGAGUGGUUCAAGCCGUCUCCCGACGGGCCAGAUCACAUCUUUGAGAAUGGACUCAAGCUUCCUGGCGACAUCUACCCAUCCUUAUUUGGCUACCAAAAAACGGCCGUUCGCUGGCUAGCUGAGCUUUAUGACAUCAAGGUCGGCGGUAUCAUUGGUGAUGAGAUGGGACUAGGAAAGACAGUCCAGCUUAUCUCGUUUGUGGCUGCCCUCCACUACAGCAAACGCCUUGACAAACCUGUGAUAGUCGUCGCACCCGCCACUGUUCUGAGACAGUGGGUGAACGAAUUUCACCGUUGGUGGCCGCCUCUGCGGGUAUCGAUCUUGCACUCCUCUGGUAGUGGAAUGCUGAAUGUCCACAGUGAAGAUCUCAUUGAAAAAGAUGAAAUAUCGUGGGGCGGAAGUCCCCUAAAACGCGGUUCCAACGUGGCGGCCAAGGCAAUCGUGGACCGUGUUGUGCAGCACGGUCAUGUUCUCGUCACAACCUAUGCUGGGCUUCAGACUUACGGCGAUAUUCUGAUCCCAGUAGACUGGGGUUAUGCUGUGCUGGACGAGGGACAUAAAAUCCGGAAUCCGAACACUGCAUUAACCGUGUAUUGCAAAGAGCUGCGCACCCCCAAUCGGAUUAUCCUCUCAGGAACGCCCAUACAGAACAACCUCACCGAGCUUUGGUCACUCUUUGACUUUAUCUAUCCUAUGCGCCUUGGGACUCUUGUCACCUUUCGAAACCAGUUUGAGAUUCCGAUCAGGUUGGGCGGCUACGCAAAUGCUACAAAUCUUCAGAUAAUGACAGCCCAAAAGUGCGCCGAGACCUUGAAGGAUGCCAUCAGCCCAUAUCUAUUGCAGCGCACCAAGGCUGAUGUCGCAACGGAUUUGCCCAAGAAGAGCGAGCAAGUUCUGUUCUGCAAAUUGACGGAAUCUCAGAGACAAGCUUACGAGCUAUUUCUCAGGUCUGAUGAAAUGAGCGCAAUUCUCAAUAGGGCACGGCAGUCCCUAUAUGGCAUCGACAUCCUCAGAAAAAUUUGCAACCAUCCGGAUUUGGCCGAGCCGCAGCUGAAGCACAAAGAGGGUUACAACUGGGGAAGCCCGUCCAAAUCUGGGAAAAUGCAGGUUGUGAAGGCGCUGCUACAGAUGUGGAAGAGAUUUGGCCACAAAACGUUACUCUUCUGCCAAGGCACACAGAUGCUGGAUAUUCUGGAAAUUUUCACCCAAAGCCUAGGUGAUAUUCAGUACUUGCGUAUGGACGGCAAGACUCCGAUCAAGGACCGACAGACUUUGGUGGACCGGUUCAACAACGACCCGCAGCUGAACGUCUUUUUAUUGACAACCAAGGUUGGUGGCUUGGGUGUAAAUCUUACGGGUGCUGAUCGGGUCAUCAUUUUUGACCCUGAUUGGAAUCCAUCAACAGAUGUCCAGGCACGUGAAAGAGCCUGGCGUCUGGGUCAGAAACGGCAAGUAACCAUAUAUCGUCUCAUGACCGCCGGAACCAUCGAAGAAAAGAUAUACCACCGGCAGAUCUUCAAACAGUUCCUUACCAACAAAGUGCUCAAAGAUCCAAAGCAACGCGCCUCAUUUGGUCUUCACGACCUACACGACCUAUUUUCGCUAGGCUCGUACGAGGAUGGAGUUACAGAAACAAGCGAGCUUUUUCGAGGCAAUGAAGUGCAUAUUACACCUUCAGGGACUAGGCGGAUGAUAACACCAGGUCCGGGCGCCGUACCCAUCGUCACAAUUGGGAAAUCUACACCUCAAAGUCUAGACCCGAUAAGGACCGCCAGAACUGGAAACUCAGAUGAAGAGGAAGGGAACCUCCAUAGCAUCGCUGGCGUAGCUGGUGUUGAGGAAUACAAACAAGAGGGCAAGGCGGAGGCUGAGCCGACCUCCGAGGAAGACCAACUGAUGAAGGGCAUAUUUUCCCAAGCAGCCAUCCACAGUGCUCUGGAGCACGACCAAAUUAUGAGUGGAGGCGGCAAAAAAGUCCAAGCCGACAGACGCAUCUUGGAGCAGGAAGCCAAUCGUGUCGCUUCCGUUGCAGCUACCCACUUGCGACAAGCUGGUGAAGACGCGCGACUCGUGCCAAUCGGUACCGUUACGUGGACGGGAGAGGUCGGCGACGGUGGGCGUCCGCGAAACAUACGUCGGGGCCGUACGGGACCAAGUUCGACAGGGAUUCUGGCCGGAAUCGCCGACAGGCAAGGCCUCCAAGGGAGCCCAGGUAGCCGGGGUAGCUCCCGGUCAGCUACGCCGGAUCGCAGGAGCAACAAGCUGGCAAGCGAUUUUGAAAAGAUGAUACCGAACUUCAUCCGGCGACAUGGCGGUAAAGUUCCAUCAAAACUCUUAGUGGAUCACUUCAACCAGUAUUGUAUCGGAAAGGAACAGGCCAGCGAGUUCAAAAUCGCUUUGGACAAGGUAGCAAAGAUGGAGAAGGCUGGCUCGAGCAUGAGAGCCAUUUGGUCAUUGCAACCUCGGUAUCGCUGA